AUGUACCCUCUCCACAUGCACCCUCACCCUAUGUACCCUCUCCACAUGUACCCUCUCCACAUGCACCCUCACCACAUGUACCCCCUCCACAUGCACCCUCUCCACAUGUACCCUCUCCAGAUGUACCCUCACCACAUGUACCCUCUCUCUCCACAUGUACCCUCACCACAUGUACCCUUACCACAUGUACCCUCUUUCUCCACAUGCACCCUCUCCCCAUGUACCCUCUCCACAUGUAUGCUCUCCACAUGUACCCCCUCCAUAUGUACCCUCUCCACAUGUACCCUCUCUCUCCACAUGUACCCUCUCCACAUGUACCCUCUCCACAUGCACCCUCACCACAUGUACCCUCUCCACAUGUAUGCUCUCCACAUGUACCCUCUCCACAUGUACCCUCUCCACAUGCACCCUCACCCUAUGUACCCCCUCCACAUGUACCCUCACCACAUGUACCCUCUCCACAUGAACCCUCUCCACAUGUACCCUCUCCACAUGUACCCUCUCCACAUGUAUGCUCUCCACAUGUACCCUCUCCACAUGUAUGCUCUCUACAUGUACCCUCUCCACAUGUACCCUCUCCACAUGCACCCUCACCACAUGUAUGCUCUCCACAUGUACCCUCACCACAUGUACCCUCUCCACAUGUACCCUCUCCACAUGUAUGCUCUCCACAUGUACCCUCACCACAUGUACCCCCUCCACAUGUACCCUCUCUACAUGUACCCUCUCCACAUGUACCCCCUCCACAUGUACCCCCUCCACAUGUACCCUCUCCACAUGUACCCUCUCCACAUGCACCCUCUCCACAUGUACCCUCUCCACAUGCACCCUCUUCACAUGUAA